CUUUCUCUGCUGCUCCUUCUCCUUCCAUUGUUCCUAAGAAAACCCUUUUCAUGUCUUCCUCCUCUUCAGCUUCCGACAACGGUAAUUCCAGCGGUGGUCUCAGCUCCGUCGCCGGUAGAAGUGGCGGCGUUUUCGAGGCCCCAUCUCCAUCUCGCCCUCGCCACAGUGCCAACGACGUCUGGCCAGAACCUUUCCUCGAAUCUCUUGCCGUUCAAGUUGCCGUUGACGCUUCCUUCUCUACUAGCCCUGUCGACGCAGCACCUGCUCUUGCCAGCGUUUUCCGGGUCUGCACAAUGUGGCAGGCUGUUUCUCGUUCCGACCAUCUGUGGCAACUCCUAUCUCGCCAAGUUUGGGCAAGAACACGUUUAAUGCACGACACAUGGCGAGAUGAGUUCAUCUACCGACAUCGGACGGCUAGGAACUUCCAGACGCGUUCGUACGUACACGUCACACUCAAUUUUGAUCCGUCUGACGUGGACGAACCGGAUAGUCUCUCUUGCCGCUGUCUCAGACUCUCUGAUCUCUAUUUAGCUGCGGGUUUCGCCGACGGAACAGUUCGUCUCUUUCUCUUGAACAGCCGUCUCCACGUCAGGACGCUACGUCCGCCUCCACGAGACCGGUUUGGACGAUUUUCCCGAGCAGUCUCGGGCAUUGUUAUCUCAGAUUCGAGAUUGGUUUUCGCCACGAUGGACGGAGACAUCCACGUGGCGGAAAUUAACGGCGUGGGUAGUCACACGCGCACAGCUUUCGUUGGAGAUAUUGUUAACGACGGCGCGUUAGUGGAUUUCACGGGCUGUGGACGCUACUGGGUCGGACUUUUUGCUGGUGUUCCGGGUCGGGCUUUUCACAUUUGGGAUUGUAUCAACGAAGAAACAACAUUCGUUGGUGGUUCGCUCACCGAUCCAGAAGCUGUUAUGGGAUGGCACACGUUAACGGAGCUAACGAUGUCUCUUGGCCGGCUUCGAAUCUCCGGUGGAGAAACAGCAGUGGCGUGUACAGGAUGGAGAAUCAUGGUGAUCGAUCUGAGAAACCAAGGAGUGAUCAUCGGGGAGGACGAGGAGCAACGGAGAGGACUUAUAGUGACGGGUUUUGAUGCUAACGAUCAGGCGUACGUUAGAAUGGAUAGUAGGGGUAACGCUAUUGUGCGCAGAGUGAGGACGCAAGAAACUGUUUGUGAAUUCCGUGUGAGUAGAGCGGCGCAGAGAAGAGUGAUGGGCUGUGUUAAUAGACUGCACGCCUUAAUGUGCGCAGGAGGUGUGAUGCGCGUGUGGGACGUACAGAGAGGAGGAGAAUAUCUUUACAGUUUUAGAGAGAGAGUAGGAGAAGUUGAUGCUAUCGUUGCCAACGAUAGACAUGUGGCCGUUGCUUCAUCUUCAUCAACGGCUGUGAGUACUAUACAUCUGUGGGAUUUCGGUGCACUGUAGAGUUCCAGAUUAUAACGUGUGGUUGAUUAAUUAAAAGGAGAAAAGGAACCAUUUUCUCUGAAAAAGCGAAGCCCUAAACCUAGGUGUAUAUGUAGGGUUUCUGAAUUAUAAUUUAAUUUGGAAAGUGACGGAUUGGAGAUGGUGACAUGAGGGUGAGAUUCACAAGGGAGAUUGAAUAUCUUCUACAGAGUUUGACCAAAAGUAUGUUACUGUUUUUGUCUAAAACCAAACAAAAUGGACUUUUUCUUAUCGCUUUUUCUGACGUUUAGGGUUCUCAUAUCAAUUCUGACGCUGUACGAGAUGUUAUUCAUUUUCCAUUUCUGUUUUUAUUUUUGUGGUUCUGUAUAAUUAUUUGAAAGUGUUAAAACUUUAUCUAGAAAAAUAUUUCACACGCGGUGUAGACAGAAGCAAGACCAAAACUGUAGAAGGGUUUAAAAGUGAAUCAUGAGAUCAAGUGGAGUUUUGGCUGUUUAUUAAAUGCUAAGAGCAUCUCCUAACACUACUGUAAAAUUGAGUUGAUUAUGUAGUUGUGAAUAAAUAAAAAAAAUAUAAUUGCAUAUAUAGAGUAAUGAUUUUUUGUUUGUUCACAAUGGUAUAAUUCACAACGGUAUAAUUCACGUUAUUUUACCAUAAAUUUUGUAGUAGAGUUGGAAAUGCUCUAAGAAUAACAACUAUUAUUAUUAAACUUUUUUAUAAGAAUUUUGAUUUUGAUUAUUAUUUUUAUCAUUAUUAGUGUCAAUUUCUAAGUUGCCUUCUUCCAGAUCACAUAAAUUGGAUUACAUGGAAUAUGAAAUAUAAGAGAGUUGAUGAUGCAACUGUUCAGUUCUUAUUGUUAGAAUUUGUCCAUUUGUAUCUGUGCCCAAGUAAAAUGUUCAAAAUGACUGUCAAGCUAAUAUAGCCAUAAAAUUUUAUGAACUUUUAUACACAGAUAUUGCAAUCUACUUACUAUAUAUACAAGUAAUUUAAAGAUUUUUCUUUCAAUCUCAGAUACGCAGUAAAACCAUUUAGUUAAUUAAUCUCUGUGUAUUUAUACUCUUAACUCAAUUGUUUUGUAGAAUUAUGAUACAGACAACAAAUUUUUAUCUUAUAUGAGUGUCUUUUUUUUUUCUUUUUUUUUGAACGCCAUCUUAUAUGAGUGUCUAUAACAAGAGAUUUUUAUAAUCAAUUUUGGAUACGUCAUAAGGUAGUUAUCUCAUUUUUCAUUUUAUUUAAUCUGCCUUUUACAAAAUUCAUAAUAGAAUGUUUGACAUUUGAAAGUGAGGGCUGAAAUUAAGUAUUUUCCAAUGUUUUUAUGGGCUAACAAUGUUUUUGAUAUUGGAUCCAAAAUUAUAAAGUCACUAGGACAAUUCUCUUAAAACACGCUAAAAUAGUUUUUUAACCGAUAUAAUACAUAAGAAAAAAUGACAUAAAUACAUUUUAUUAACUAGAUAAAAAAUUUUAUAUCCAAAUUUUAUAUAUAUAUAUAUAUAUUAUAAUAAUUAUUUAUAAUUAUUUAAAUAAAUAAUAAAUAUAAAAAUAACUUUUAUUAUUAAUUUGGAUUAAUACGUUUUUGAAUUAGAACUUUUUAUAUUUUUCAGUUAUUUUUCAAAAUUUUAUCUUGAAAUCCAAAAUUAUUUUUAAAAAUAUUUUAAAAAAAUUUGUUAAAAAUUUAUUUAAAAAGAAAAAAUAUAAAACACACUAUCCAAAGUCCUAUCCCUAAAAUCUAAACCAUUACUUUAGAUUAUUUAAUCCUAACAGUAUAAAUAUCUAUUUAUCUAUAUAAUGAAACAUGUGGGUCAUUUUGACUUUUGUAUGCUAUAUCUAUGAUAAAACUUUUUUAGUGUCAUCUUAAAAAAAAUCUCAAGUCACUGUUAUAUUUAGAGUUUUAAUUUGUCAUAUUAGUAUUUAUAGAAUUGAUUCAUAAAAUACGACAUAGUUAAAGUCAAUUCUAUAAAUUUUGAAUCAAGUAAAACAAAAAAUAUGAAAUUUGGUUUUCGUAUGAAAUGUGGGCAUAUUGGAAAGCUAUGUUCAUCCUGAGGAUAUACCUCUCAUAAGGAGUUUGGCCAUAAGCUCAACUCACCGUCGUGAUACGUUCUGCUGGAACUUUACAAGGAAUGGCCAAUACACGGUCAAAUCGGGAUAUUGGGUGGCUCAGAAUUUAUUAAAGUCGACGGAGGAAGAGGAAGUUCUGUAGCCAAGUAUCACAAAGCUCCAAGCUUUUGCGUGGAAAUUGAAGGCUCCUACGAAGAUAUGUCAUCUUAUAUGGCAGUUGUUAACUGGUCAUGUGGCAGUUACGAGGAACUUAAUUAGACGUAAUAUGAGGUGUGACAAUUAUUGCCCAAGAUGUGGAGAAGUGGAAGAGACCGUCACACAUGCCAUCUUUGAAUGCCCACCAGCCCUUCAAGUGUGGUCUUUAUCAGCAACUCCGACAUGCCCAAAUAUUUUCCCGGUUUCGAGCGUCUACACGAAUAUGGAUUACCUAUUUUGGAGAAAGAAUGGUAUCAUUGAGCCAGAACAAGAUAGGGAUCCUUAUCCCUGGAUAAUAUGGUACAUUUGGAAGGCCAGGAAUGAAAAACUCUUUAGGGGAAUAGACAGAGAUCCUUUGGACCUACUUAGACAUGCAGAGAGUGAAUGUCAAGCCUGGUUUGAUGCUAAUGAAGUGGUACAAACGGUGGCACUAGAUAACAUAAAUGAGGAACCUCAAGUCGUAAGCUUGAGGAAUAUCUGCUUGUUAGAUGGAUCUUGGACGUCUUCUGCCGUCUUUAGUGGAUGCGGAUGGGCAUGGAUGGAUAGUUCUGGGAACACUCAGCUUAUGGGGACAAGGAACUUCCCACGACGCGAAUCAGCCUUACACUCGGAAGUAGAAGCACUGCGGUGGGCGAUGGAGAAUAUGCUGCAACAUUCGACCUGCCAGAGCUUUGGGACAGACUGUAAGGACUUAAUUGCAAUGGUGAAGGAUCCUCAGGCGUGGCCAAGCUUUUCGACGGAAUUGGAGAGGAUAGAGACGCUACAAAUAUGCUUCCCGGAAUUCAACAUCAUUCACGUUCCACGGGCGCACAAUCAGAUUGCAGAUUUCUUGGCUAAGACCGCUAGAUCUUUUCAUAGGGAGUUACAUUUUAUUGGUUGUUCUAUUCCGGUUUGGUUACCCAGACCACCUCAAGUUUGAGUAAUAGAACGACCUUUUGACGUCAAAAAAAAAAAAAAAAA